GAUGUCUACUUGCUUCCGCAAUCAGCAUUCCCGUCAGGAGGAUUGUACUUGAAGAAUGAGACAUGGGUUAAUGAGACAAAAGGGAAGCAUGUCAUAGUUCAUAAUAACUACAUUAUCGGUUACGAACGGAAGAUGAAACGCUUUCAAGACUUUAAUCUAUGGCUAGUAGAUGACCAUGCUCUCGAGUCGAUCCCCACUGGGAAUAUUAAAGAUAUAUGAAGAGCUAAAUACUACUACUGAAGGGAAAAAUCAGACGACCAUAGGAAGAAAACAGAGGAAAAACAGGCUUAAAAAACAUAAGUUACCCUAGAGGCGGAGUGACUUAUGUAUGUAGUUGCAUGAUUUUCUUGCGUUCCACGGAUGGCGCAUAGCUUCUAAUGAAGACAUGGGUUGAGGAAAUUCAAGCUCAACCUUGGAAUAACACCCAAGCAAAGAAACCACAUGAUCAACCUGCUUUUAAUUGGGCGCUUCACAAAACAGCUAAUCAGGUAGAUGUCUACUUGCUUCCACAAUCAGCUUUCCCAUCAGAAGGAUUGUACUUCAAGAAUGAGACAUGGGUUAAUGAGACAAAGGGGAAACAUGUCAUAGUCCAUAACAACUACAUUAUCGGUUACGAACGGAAGAUAAAACGCUUUCAAUACUUUAAUCUAUGGCUAGUAGAUGACCAUGCUCUCGAGUCCCCACUGGGAAUAUUAAAGAUAUAUCAAGAGCAGAAUACUACUACUGAAGGGAAAAAUCAGACGAAAACAGUGAGAAAACAGAGGAAAAACAGGGGUAAGAAACAUAAGUUACCCUAGAGAGGACUUUUCUGAUGUACAACAAGUAUAGUAUCUCGAAAUUGUUGCCCACAGGUUUAUUCAAACUCUAUUAUUUAGAUUUAUGUACAAGGUCACUAAUCAUAAUAAUAUGAUAAUUAUACAUCAAUACA